AUCUAUAACAGUAAAAGAAGGCCUAUUAAACUAUGACUUUCUCUGAAAUAUUACUGCUGAAUGAUUCCAAGUCCUUUCCUUUAGCUUCUCACGUUGUCCAAUUUUCAUCUUCUUGGCCAUCUUUACUUGUUUUUUCUUGUGUUAUCUUACACUUGUUUUUUUUUGGUUUUCUUGGGCAAUGGAUGCAGCUCAAAUUGCCAAACGAGCAAUAUGCCAAGAAGAUCCUUUUAACCCACUAAUUACAACAGGCAUGCAAGUAGCUUGCAUGCUUGUAAUUUCCCAUAUUUUUCACCUUAUCUUGGCACCUUCAGGACAAACUGGACCCAUUGCAAAUAUCAUUGCUGGUCUGGUGCUAGGUCCUUCACUGUUGUGCCGUAUUAAACAACUCAAGGAAUUCUUCAUCCAAAGUUCUUCUAUAGAAUACUAUCAAGUCCUGACAUUCAAUUUUCGGGUAUUUUUCAUGUUCUUGAUUGGUUUGGACACAGAUGUUCCUUACAUGAAGAGAAACCUGCGUUUGUCAAGUACUGUUGCAUAUGGGGGUAUAAUCAUAUGCACUCUCUUUGGAGGAGCUUCUGCUUUCUUUAUUCUCCAUUUAUUAAAGUUCAAAUACAAUACAUUGUUAUUGGUUAUGAUUAUCCCACUAAUCCUGGCAAACUCAGCCUCACCUGUUGUGAUUCGAUUGGCAGCUGAAAUGAAAAUUGAUACUUCAGAUGUUGGAAGACUAGGAAUAGCUUCGUCGCUAGUCAAUGAAAUGUCUUGUGUUUUAUUAUAUUCUAUAUUUAUUUCUGUCAAGUCCUGGAAAAUGUUUGGACAUGGGAUUCUCUGCCUUUUCUGUAUAGUUGUACUUGUUAUUUUGAACAAGUAUUUAGCUACUUGGUUCAACAAAAGGAACCAAAACCAAAAAUAUGUGUCAAACACAGAGGUCCUUGUUGUUUUCAUCCUUGUUAUCGCUAUUGCUAUGGUUAUCGAAGCCUAUGGUUUCCUAAGUACGCUUGCUUGUUUCCUUCUUGGCUUACUGUUCCCUAGAGAAGGAAAAACAGCUCGGACAUUACUGCGCAAACUCACUUAUUCUGUUCACAACUUCAUGCUUCCCAUUUACUUUGGCUUUGUAGGAUUCCAAUUUGAUGUGCUUUAUUUUAUGAACUUUGAGAAUAUCAUAAUGAUUGGCCUUAUGAUAUUGUUGAGCACUGGAGGAAAAAUAGUUGGAACACUUGCUGCAUGCCGUUACCUUAACAUUCCAAGGACUGAGGGUGUCAUCCUUGCUUUUAUACUGAACUUGAAAGGCCAUACUGAACUUAUAAUUCUUGAACUACUUCCAAGGUUCAUUUCCUGGUGGAGCCGGAGACUUCAUAGUUUAGUGAUUAUCGUAGUAGUACUCGACACAUUGAUUGCAGGACUAGUGGUUGUUUUUAUGUUAAGAACAAGGGAAAAUUACUUUGCUCACAGAUAUACUGAGCUCGAAUCACAUGACCCAGAUAGUGAGCUUCGAGUACUGUCUUGUGUUUAUGCUUCUCGGCACACAUCUGCUACAGUUGGGCUGAUCUCUGCAAUGAGUGGUACUCCUUACACUACACCCAUCGCACCUUACUUGAUGCACCUAGUAGAGCUCCCCAAGAAACGCCGUAAAACCAAACUGAUGUACCAUCAGCUACAAGAUGGAGAUCAGUUCAGUGACGAGGAGGAAUAUGGCGGAAACGAUGUGCUAGAGAUCAAUGAUGUGGUCGAUGCCUUCGUCUCAGAAACCAAAAUCAUGAUCCACCAAAGAAAAGUUGUAGCAUCGUAUGAAAGAAUGUAUGAGGAUGUGUGCAGUGGCGCGGAGGACCUGCGUGUGUCUAUCAUAUUCAUUCAUCUGCAUAAACACCAGCGCAUUGAUGAAAAAUUGGAGAACGGAAAGGAGGGAGUUAGGAGUAGCAACCAGAAGAUCCUUCGUCAUGCACCAUGCUCGGUGGGGAUGUUGGUAGAUAGAGGGCACACUGGGUUCAAAAAACCAGGACCAGAAAUAGUACAAGAAGUAGCAAUACUAUUUUUCGGAGGACCUGAUGAUCGGGAGGCAUUGACAUGCAGUAACAGGAUUGCAAUUCACCCUUAUCUUAAGCUGACAGUGAUUCGGUUCUUACCAACGACAUCAAAAGAACAACUUAAUAAGUGGACUAAUGAUGCAUCCCAUAAGAAUGAUGAAGUCUUACUGGCAAUAUCAGAUCCUGAAGCUGAGAAUGAGAUGAAUGAUGCUGCUUUGGGGGACUUCGUGAACAGGCAUGUGAAAUCUGGCAAAGUUGCUUAUACAGAAAAGUAUGUAAGUACUGGGGAUCAAACAGUAGCAGCUUUAAGAGAAGUGGGAGACAAGUACUCAUUAAUCAUAGUAGGGAAGGGUAGGAGAGAGCACUCACCAUUGUUGUCUGGUUUAAGUGACUGGGAAGAAUGUCCAGAGCUUGGGAAAGUUGGUGAUCUCUUAGCUUCCACUGAAAUGAAUAUACGUGGUUCAGUUUUAGUCAUUCAACAACAUAGCAGCUAUUCAAGCAAAGAAGUUGUUGAUGAAGAGUUGUAAGAAUAAUAUUGCAUGUUGUAGGAUGUAGUUAGCCAUUUUAAAUGUAAUUGCCAAAUGUUCUGUUCGAUUUGGUUGACAUGAAUUGGUUCAAAAGACAAAAUAGAGUGUAAUUACUCCUCCACUUUUAAAAUAAUUUGUUGAUCAUCGUA